UUUGGAGAUCUGGCCCCGGAGAGUAUCCGCCAUGUUUACGUUUUGCAUUUAGUUUAUUAAGAAAAAAACAUAUUGUAGGUACUUGUGCCUGUUGAAAGUAAGCUUGCCAUGAACGGAUUAAACGCGUACGAAGAUGAGGACAUUCACAUAUGUGGUCUGUGCCGUGCACAGUUCAGUGAUGUGGAGUUAUUUAUACAGCACAAGAAACACAAGUGUCCUGUCAGGCUGGCAAGACAGCAGGAGACAGGAGUUGAUGUGAGGAAGUUGAAAUCCCAGCCAGUACUGGCAGCACCAGCUACCUUUCAGAAUGAGCAGUUCGCUCAGUCAAUAUUUCCUGUCAUAGAUAGUCCUGUUGUAGAGGGAUCUGAAGGGGACAAAGCAUCACUUCAUCUAACUCAAGAUGGAACUACAUUGGGGUAUUUCCCUGUAACACACCAACAAGGUCAAGACACAGGUCCAGUUACUCAGCAUGAGUAUGUCAUAUUGCCAUGCCAACGGGAUGAAGAUCCUGGUCUUUGUAUUCAGGCUGAUUCCAAGAUUUACUCAAUCCCUGAAACAGUCUACACACUUAAUUCUCAUUCUCAACAGCAACCUGGUGGUCAAAUAUCAAGCAAUAUGGAGGAACCAGUCUGUUUUAAAACAAGUUUGCAAACUGAAGAACCAGUCAACUACAGGAAAAAUGAUCAUAUUGAAGAACCAGUCACAUACACAACAAGUGAUGAAUUUCAGGAACCAGACAACCAAGGAAUAACCGAAGAGACAGACUGUGCAACUACAGACAAUUCUCAAGAGCCAGUCUGCUAUAGUACCACUGAUGAAAACUUACAACCAGUCAAUUAUUCUAAAAGUAACUUGUUGCAAGAUGAAAGUGCUGCUAUGAUUAAUUUAUUACAGAAUGACCAGCCAGUUGUUAUACAGAAUUUGAAUAAUCUAAAUUUACAACAGACUGAGACACCAAUUGAUUCUCUAAAUGAAGCACAUUCGUCUCAUUCUAAGAUGACAGAGAGCCAGUCUGUUUUGCGGGAACACUUGAUUGGUUCACAUAAUAGUUCUUCUAGUGAAGUAGUUAGACCAAAAAUUCUGGUUAAAAAUGUACAUACUGGAGAGCAAUCAACUGAUUCCCCAGUAAAAGAGGUAACAGUGAAGAAAAGAAGUGCACCCAAAACUCCUCCGAGUCUGUCAAAGUUCCAGUACACCAUUAAUGACAUUGAAGAAGCACCCAAACCACCACCAGUGAAAAAGACGAGCAAGGCUCCGCUAGAGAAGAAAUAUAUAUGCAAGUUUGACAACUGCUCCUACAAAACAGCUUAUAUUAAGGACUUGGAGCGGCACAGUAGGAUCCAUACCGGCGAUAAACCGUAUAAGUGUACAAAAUGCUCAAAGGCGUUUUCACGUACAGACAAGCUCACGCUGCAUAUGAGAUACCAUAUGGAUGACAGGGUGUUUAAAUGUACUUUAUGUAAUUACAGUGCAGUAGAGAAUGGCAGUUUAAAGAAACAUAUGAAAAUGCAUCUAGAUGAAAGACCUUACAGUUGCCAGGUGUGUCCGUACAAGUCACGGUCGUCAAGCCAGUUACAGAUACACCUGCGUACACACACAGGCGACAAACCCUACUGUUGUAAAAUGUGUGAUGCUGUAUUUAAAGUGAGCUCAGAUUUGCACCGUCACAUCCGGGUCCAUACCGGUGAGAAACCAUUCAAAUGUGAGGUGGAGACAUGCACCUAUAGGUGUGCUGUGAAAAGUAAUCUCAAGAGUCACUAUCAGACGCAUCACAGCCAGCUGAUGGAACAUAAAUGUACCGUUUGUGACUUUAAAUCAUCAAGCAGAAAGGCUUUAUUCGAACACAAGAAGACACAUGAUUCCAAUCCUGAAUUGACCUGUAAAACAUGCAGUUACCAGUGUUCCAAUAAAAGUGCUUUACGCAAUCAUGUGCGCAUUCAUGGCACUGAAGAGCCAUUCAAGUGUACCUAUUGUGAAUAUAAAUCAGUGCAGCUUGGCAAUGUACAGGCUCAUAUGCAUCGUAAACAUCCAAACAGAGUGACAAGAAGAUUAUCUAGAAAGAAAUGGAAAAGGUUCGGUAAUGUGGAAAUACCGAUAAAGGCGAAAGAAGUAGAAACGGAAAAUGAUAAGAAUUCAGCGAAAGGAAAAAUUCAUCCAAAGUGUCAGCAGAAUUUUAAAUGUGACCGAUGUCCGUCUGCUUUUGUAAGGGAAGAUUCAUUGAAGUGUCAUCUCAAACAGCAUGACGAUACAAGUCUCUCAACUGCAUAUGCUGUUCUUAAAUUACAGCAACCAGUUAUAAAUAUGCCAAAUAAUCAGCUUUCUACAUCUGAUUCAAAUGCCGUCUCAUCUAGUUCAGAACAGGCAGAUCAGAAUAUGUCUGGAGAAGUUGAUACCAUGGACUCGGUGCAAUCAAGAAUGCCAGAAAACCAGGCAGUUCACUUGCAAGAAAGUAGGGAUAAUGUGACGCAGUCUCAAGGUCAAGCAGUCGCAGGUCAAGGUCAAAUGAUACCGAAUCAAGCUGUUACCUUGGGUAUAAAUGAUAUUCUAGUGGCAGCAGGAAUGGCAGGGUUGAAUUCUGCAGGGAAUUCCCCAACUUCUAAGCAACCAAGUGAAACUAUUCAAGAUUUAUCUCUUAAUGGCAGUGUAGAGCAGAAUAAUACCCUAAAUUCAAGUCCUACAUUGCAAGGUGCAGGCAGUGUGGGAUUACAGAAUGCUGUAGUUGGUCAAUCACCUCAAGAUGUCCCAUCAGUUCAAGUAAUGCAAAACAUCUCCUUACCCUAUAUUAGAUUACCAAAUGGACAAGUUUUGAUACUGACUGGCCAAACGUCAAUGAAUCAGAUUAUCACUCAACCAGAUGGACCUAUUCAGAGUGACUCUGGGUUGGUACCUAGCACUGUGGAACUCCACUCUCAGCUGUUAACACAACCUGCUGGUUCUCAGCAUCAUCAGAUAGUGCAGUGUGCAGCAGAUUCCACAGUUCCUACUCCACCACCCCAGAUUUCAGGUCCGCAAGCACAAGGUGCAGUACUAACCCAGCCUGCUGCAAUAUCGACCCAAGAUGGUGCUCUAACUCAACAACAAGGUGCUAUACCAAUACAGAUUAUUCUACCCAGUGAUUCGCAGCAGGCUGUACCGCUCGUGUCACAACUUCUCAACAGUGUUAUGAAUCGAACACCUAGUGAUGGCAGUAUCCAGAAUCAGGGUUCAGUUAUGGUACAGGGUGUAAAUCCUUCAUCUGGAACAGACAAUGUGCAGAACUUUGUGCUUCAGAUUCCUUCACAGUCUGGUAUAUCGAGGGAUGCUUCUGGCAGUCUGGGUGAAAGUCAAAGCUUUGUUUUACAAAUUCCAGGAGCAUCUAGUUUUAAUUGAUACAGCAACUGGUCCAUUUAGAUCUACCAAAGAAAAGUUCUUCUAAGUACAUUUUAAUAAGAAUUUUACUUACCCCAGAAAUACAGCAUUAUUAGACUUAUUGACUAUUUUAUCUAUUAUUAAUUAUAUAUUUAUUUAUAAUUUAUUAGAUCAGAUAAGUACAGCUAUCAAAUUUGAAGUGCGUAUUAAAUUUAAAUGUUAAACCUCUGCUAUAAGAAAGCAAAUUUACAGAAUUUAAUUGAAAUCUCUUAUUAAACAAGUUACAAAAAAUUGAAUGAACAUUGAUCCAGUUUUGUUGAAUUUGGAUUUACAUGUUAUUUAUAUGGAUGUUGAAAGGCUAAAUAAAUUAUUGUUUACUCGAA